AAAAUACACUAAACCCUAAAAUUCUCUCGCUGAGACAGUCACAGUUGAGUAAUUUCUUCUCCGACAACUUCUCCAUCCUUUGGUUCUGUCUUCAUAAUCGUUUGCAUUAAGACUGAAUCCAUGGCUUAGAAAAAGAAGAUAUCAUCGUUAAUGCCAGACUGGUCUCAGCUCCCGGAGGAGCUACUUCAACUUAUCUCACAGAAACUGGAACUUGAGGAUCACUGUUUCGAUGUCAUUCAUGCUCGAUCUGUUUGUCACUUGUGGCGGUCCUCAUUUCCUUUUCCUUCUUGCCUGUUACGCCCAAGUUAUUCUCUUCCCUCGUUCCCGGGUUUCCCUAUCAAAGACAAAGAUUCAUGUACCCUCGAGAAGCUUCCUUUGUUCCUCUUUAGAGUCAAAACAUCUGCUGGUGAUGUUGUUUCUGAGUAUUUUCUAGGAGCAGUAGGCCGCGAUGGGUCAGUUGAUCAUAUGAAGCUUCUUUCAUCUCCCCUUGAGUGCUCAGUGAAAAACAAGAUUCCAGGAUCUGACCCAACCUUGAUGAAGAUGCUCGACUGUCAGAUUCUCUCUCUAGGCCAUCAGUACAGAAUGGCCGGUUUGUGUCCUGAAGAAUGGAGAGUAUAUCAGAAAAGUGUGGUUUUCCUUCCGCUCAACAAAAAUGGAGAAAAACGAGAAUUUGUGGUGCUCCUCAACUACUCUGAAGGUUUGUUGGUGCUAAGAAGUGCUGAAAUGAGGUGGAAACCGCUUAAGUGCCGAAGUUUUGUUGAUCUUCAAUGCACGCAUUUAGUCACUUUUAGAGGCAGAUUUUAUGCAGUCUUUUUUACUGGAAUAAUUGUGGUUAUCGAUCCUUAUUCUCUGCAAGUGACUCGCCUUAUGCCUUCACAGCCUCUGCGCGGAAGUGAUUAUUUGAUUCCAUCUGGCAAUGAUGAGCUUUUCCUGGUCCAGAAAUUCAAUCCUUUUCCUGAUGCUGAUGUGUUAGAUUUUAAUCGUUUCACAUGUAGAGUAAGUAAGCUAGAUGAGGAGGCUGGUACAUGGGUUGUGGUCAGCGAUUUGGGAGACCGUGUGUUGUUUCUUGGAAACUUUGGGAAUGUCUGCUGCUCUGCUAAGGAGCUUCCUGAUGGAUGUGGUGUGAGUGGGAACUCAAUUGUGUACACCAAUGCAGGCUAUGUAACUUUUGCCUACAAAUAUGGAGUACAGACAGGAAGGGCGGAAGACGAGCUCAAUAUUUGGAGAUUCUCAAGAGAGAAAUGUGUGACGGUCCCCAGCACAUUUCCUGCGGUGGCUCUCCGAGUUGAAGACCAAGUCGAAAAUCUCGCUUUGGGUACUUGAGACAUACUGAUGGUUUUGUAUAUAUUUUGUGUCACGACCAUAUGCUGAAAACUAGAUAACUUGUAUGUCAGUUUUAGUUUUAGUUUUUGUUCUAACCAAUUACUUUCUCAAGACCAGACAACUAUGUCUGUGGAAAUGGUUGUCUCAUAAACUCUCAAAGCUAUGUUUGGCUGUGGU